AUGCAGGAUGCGCCACAGAUUGCCCAAAGAAGCCAAUCACAAUAUGUGGAGCCUGAGCAUGUGUUCCUGGCCUGCUUGGAGCAGCAAGUUUCAACCACAGGUGGCCUUUGUGCACGCAUACUGGAGAAAGUUGGAAUUACACAGCAAGCUGCCAAGGACAGAGUCAUGGAGUGGAGCAGCAAACAGCCGAGGGUCACAUCGCCAGGGAGCUCUAUGGGCAAUGCCGCAGGAAGGAGCCUCGUGACGAUGAUUUCUGAAGCUGAUGCAGCUGCCUCAAAGUGGGGGGACAAGUACAUCUCGGUGGAGCACCUCGUUUUUGCUUUUUGCAAGGAUGAUCGCUAUGGGAAGCGCUUUUUCUCAGACUUCAGCUGUGAUGAAGCGCGACUAAAAGCAGCCAUCGACGAAGUGCGAGGAAGCAGCAAAGUCACCAGUCAGAACCCUGAGAGCACCUACGAAGCCCUGAAGACCUAUGGCACAGAUCUCACAAGCAUGGCUCGUGAAGGGAAGCUCGACCCCGUCAUUGGCAGGGACGAUGAGAUCAGACGAGUGAUCCAGAUCCUGGCACGGAGGUCCAAGAACAAUCCGGUCAUCAUUGGAGAGCCAGGUGUUGGAAAAACGGCCAUCGUGGAAGGACUGGCACGACGCAUCGUUGAUGGAGAUGUGCCGCAGGCCUUGAAGGACAAGGAGGUCAUCUCGCUGGACAUCGGUGGAAUGGUGGCUGGUGCAAAGUUUCGAGGUGAGUUUGAGGAACGUUUGAAAGCGGUUUUGAAGGAAAUCAAGGAUUCAGAUGGCAAGAUCAUCUCGUUCAUUGAUGAAAUCCACACUAUUGUGGGUGCAGGUGCAAGUGGUGGAGCGAUGGAUGCAGGGAAUUUGCUCAAGCCGCUGCUUGCCAGAGGUGAACUGCGCUGCGUUGGCGCUACCACGUUGGAUGAGUACCGCCAGUACAUUGAAAAGGACGCUGCUUUGGAGCGGCGCUUUCAGCAGGUGCUGGUGCAGGAGCCAAAGGUGCCCGAUUGCAUUAGCAUCCUGCGAGGGCUGAAGCCUCGCUAUGAGUUGCAUCAUGGGGUUCGUAUCUCUGACAGGGCUGUCGUGGCCGCAGCUGUGCUGAGUGACCGCUACAUAUCUGACCGCUUCCUUCCAGACAAAGCAAUCGAUUUGAUGGACGAGGCUUCCGCUAAGGUGAAGAUGGAAGUUACCUCAAAGCCUGCAGAGCUGGAGCGCGUGGACAGAAAGAUUCUUCAGCUGGAGAUGGAGCGGCUGAGUGUGGGCGACGACAAGGACAGCCAAUCGCUAGCGCGAAUGGACACUAUUAACGAAGAGUUGGACAGGCUUCGGGCACAGCAAAGUGAACAAGAAGAGAAGUGGCAGAAAGAGCGUGAAGCCAUCAACUCCCUUCAGAACCUUCGCCAGAAAAUCGAAGACUUGGAGCGAGAGCUGGCAGAGGCUGAACGAAGCUUCAACUUGGAAAGGGCCGGACAGAUCAAGUAUGGCGAGCUGUUGGCUGCGCAAAAACAAAUGGAGGAGGCAGAAGCCAAAGCUAGCAACGAAAAUGAAGACAGCGCUGAGCUGGUGAACGAACGCGACAUCCAAGAGAUUGUGGCUAUGCAGACGGGAAUCCCUGUUGAAAAGAUGUCCAUGGGAGAUCGCCAGCGCCUCCUGAACCUUGAGGAGCAGCUGCACAAGCGUUUGAUUGGGCAGGACGAUGCUGUCCGCUGCCUGGCCCAAGCGAUCCAGCGAUCUCGGUAUGGGCUUGCCGACCCAAACAGGCCUAUCGCCUCGUGCCUUUUCUUGGGACCGACAGGAGUUGGUAAAACUGAACUUGCAAAAUCGCUGGCGGAAUGGCUGUUCGAUUCGGAAGAAGCCAUGAUCCGAGUUGACAUGUCAGAGUACAUGGAGAAGUUUGCAGUUUCUCGUUUGACUGGAGCUCCACCAGGCUAUGUUGGCUACGAGGAAGGUGGACAGCUCACUGAGCCUGUCCGGAGAAGACCUUACUGCGUGUUGUUGUUCGAUGAGAUGGAGAAAGCCCACCCUGAUGUUUUCAACCUGCUCCUUCAGAUCCUCGAUGAUGGGCGAUGCACCGACUCUCAAGGCAGAACGGUUGACUUCAAAAACACUGUCAUUAUCAUGACGUCCAACGUUGGAAGUGAAGCGAUCGCAGAGCUGGGAGCCAGCGCUCUUGAUGGGGAAGAUGCAAACAAGAAGAUGGAACGUGUCACCGAAGCAGUGCGUGCAGCCAUGUCAGACGUCUUCCGGCCCGAAUUCUUGAAUCGGAUUGAUGAGAACAUCAUCUUCAGACCAUUGAACCGAGAAGACUUGAGGGAAAUUGCGAAGCUGCAGCUCAAAAGGGUUGAGCAGAGGCUUGCUGACAGGAACAUCCAUAUUGAUGUCAGUGAAGCAGCGCCUUGUCGACCCUUUAUGUUGCUCAAAGUUUGUUUCAGAUGGUGUCAGGAGGUUUCUCCUUCAGCGGUUCUUUGCAACCUUUUUGACCCUGCACUUGCGCCAGAGUACGUCCUGCGCAAGUGCAACGUUGGCACAGUUAAAACAUGUCGAACACACUUAUAA